CUCAGUCAUCUGCGCCGUCUAGUCACUCGUCCUACGCUGCGGGGAGUCAAAAAGAUGUCUGCCUGUCCAUCACCAGCUUAAAUUCUCCGCCGCCGUCCCUCACGACGUCCUCUCCUUCCCUUCCGCUCAUUCCCUUGUUGCCGAUCCGUGGCACCGAUACCUCCACCUCAUCCACUCAUCUACUAGCAUGGACCGGAUACGGCGUGUGUUCGAGAGGGAGACCUCAAGGGCAUCCUAUGAGCCCCUAGAAGGCGGCUCGGAGCGCCCAGAUGGAGAGCGGAUUGAGCAUGGAAUCGGGCCGGGGUUCUCAUGGAUCGACUACUCCGUCUUCCUGAUGCUUGGGGUUGCUAUGCUGUGGGCAUGGAACAUGUUUCUAGCUGCGGCCCCCUACUUCCAGAAGCGCUUCGAAUCCGACGAACGGCUCCUGCGCAACUUCCAGUCCGCUGAGCUCUCGGUGUCUACUGUUGGCAACCUAGGCUCCAUGAUUAUCUUGACGAAGCUCCAAGCCCGCGCCUCCUACCCGAAGCGAAUCAUUGCAUCCCUCGCUCUGAACAUUGGGGUCUUCACUCUGCUGGCAAUGUCAACCCGCCUCUUUUUGGACGUCUCAGCAGGACUAUACUUCGCGUUUCUGAUGUUGGUAGUCUUCGGGGCUAGCUUAGCUACCGCCUUGUGCCAGAAUGGCGUUUUUGCAUACGUGUCUGGCUUUGGGCAGGAGGAGUACACACAGGGCAUCAUGACUGGACAAGGAAUCGCGGGAGUCCUGCCGUGCGUCGCCCAGAUCAUAUCCGUUCUCUCGGUACCAGAAAAGGAAACCAAGAAAGGUGCACCCCAGGAAUCCAGUACCUCGGCUUUCGCCUACUUUCUGACCGCUACUGUCAUCUCUACAAUGGCCCUGGUUGCGUUCGUGUACCUCCUGUCGCGGCAUAGCUCCCGAGAGCGCAUCAAGCACACUUUGGAUGAAGACCAAGUGGAUACGGGGUGUGCAUCUACUGGCCGCAAGACUGUUCCCUUGCUGAGACUACUGAAGAAGCUCUUCUGGAUGGCUGGAGCUGUUUUCCUCGCCUUCGCCGUCACAAUGAUCUUCCCCGUCUUCACUCAACGGAUUCUGAGCGUCCGGGAGCCCGCCUCUGCGCCUCGCCUCUUCCGGCCAUCCUCUUUCAUACCCCUUGCCUUCCUGUUCUGGAACAUCGGAGAUCUCAUCGGCCGGGUCGCUCCAGGUCUACCCGGCCUGAGUAUGACCUCGCAUCCUCGGCUGCUCUUCAUCCUUGCCAUCUGCCGAGUUGUUUUCAUUCCCAUGUACCUGCUCUGCAAUAUCGGCGGCAAAGGCGCGAAAAUUAGCUCUGAUGCCUUCUACCUCAUCGUGGUGCAGCUUCUUUUCGGCGUUUCGAACGGAUAUCUUGGGAGCAAUUGCAUGAUGGGCUUCGUCGAGUGGGUGGACCCGGACGAGCGCGAGGCUGCUGGAGGCUUCAUGUCGCUGUGCCUCGUGGCUGGUCUGACGGCCGGAAGCUUCCUGAGCUUUUUCGCCGCAGGUGCUUGAUGCAGUCGCUGUGUUUGCAUAUUUGCGGAGUUCCGGAUUUUUCGUGCAAUACUGGCUGGUUCUCGGAGCAUGGUUAUGGCAUAGUAAAGGCGUUGAAGUCUUCACAUGGGCUAGAGGGUUAAAUGGGGGAAAUUUACUAGCAAUCGACGCCUGUUCACCGAUUAAGGAUUU